ACGAUUACAUCAUACUCCAAAUACGGACUGCUAAUUAGUCAACUGGGCUAAUGAGGCGGUGCUUGUGGGCUUUCAAUCCGUCGAUGCAAUGCUGAGGUCAAAAAACAAAAAUAAAGUCCGAGAGAAGCCGAGGCCUAGUGGCAGGUGACUCAGGUUGAGCCAGCAGCACUCCACCCUUUGAGGUUGUGAGGAUCUAUAGAUCGGGGCACGUCGCUCCCAAUCUUGGAAGGAUCGCUGAGAAGAGGAGCCAGUCCAUCAGGGGGUCAUUGAGACAAAUGAGCACGCAGUCUGUCAUUUCCACUUUCCUUCAAGAGAGCGCUGGUCAGAAUGGAGUGAGCGGAGCAUCUCUCCAGAACGCCGGUGCCAGAGGCAUCAGUGCCCACCAAGUGCCACCGGUCAACCCACUCACUCCCACGGGGGGUGACAAGGCCAUGGCGCCCAGCAAACAGAGCAAGAAGAACGGGGGUCACAACAAGGAGAGUGACGAGUACCGGCAGCGGAGAGCCCGCAACAACCUGGCAGUCAGGAAGAGCAGGUUAAAGAGCAAACAGAAGGCACGCGACACGCAGCAGAGAGUGGACGAGCUGAAGGAGGAGAAUGAAAGGCUGGAAGCAAAGAUCAAACUACUCACCAAGGAGCUAGGCACCCUGAAGGAUUUGUUCCUUGAGCAUGCGCAUAGUUUCUCUGAUAACGGGCACCCCUCGUUCACUGAAGAUUCUGGGCAGGAGCCGAGCAAUGGAGGGCAAUGAGCAAUGUCAGAGCCGGAGAAGUGUUACAUUGAGGGGCUUUUACCUUGAACUCUCGAGGGUUUCAUUGCACAUGAUCCUGCUGCUGAUGAGCUUCAAGAAGUCUUGUGUGGAAGCUGCUGAACAGAUUGUACCCAAACUGAGAGCAUGCUCAACACUGACAGAUAGCACCAGCACUCGUCACUCUCGCAGCUGCCCAAUGUCCUUCCCUUCCUCCUCGGUCUGUCUUGAUCUUCUGUUAUCCUAAAGGGAAUGUAUCAGGGCUGUCCAUUCCCAAGAUAGCACCCAUUCAUUUUACCGGCUGGAAAAUUGUGCUGCAGGAGGCCUGACACUGGGUAUUCAGCCCUAUUUCACAAGCUUUGCUCAUGACAGUACAGACGUAUUGUGCACUGUCACCAGUUCACUCAGCCCAAGGACCUCUUGCCUUCGCCCAAGGGUGGGAGGCUCUCAGGGCUGCUGGCAGAGGCAGUCCAACUCAUGUGUUACUGUCAGCUCUGGGUUGUGGUGAAGGGAGGUUUUGGGGGGGGGGGAACGGGGGGGGGACGGACUGUGGGGAUGCUGUCUCUCACUCUGUGUUCCUGUGGGUGUUUGGAGCCUGAGGAAGAAUCUUGCCAAUAUUGUUAUUGCUGUCAGCUCCCAUUGUUUCUGCAUUAUACUUCAAAUUGGUGGUGGGUACUUCACAGGCUGAGAGAAGGGAAUGCCCCAGUGGUCUAUGGGUGGUGGUGGGGCUCAUACAGGGGAUAGAGCUUUCUGGAGAUUGGUGAUCAGCUAGUUCAUGGCUCAGAUCUCUCGGUGUUUGGAUUUUUGUAUUUUAAAUCUAGAAAAUUAACAGCUGUACUAAUUACAAAACCCUUCACCGGCAACAAUUUAAUACUUGGUUGAAGCUGUGCAGAAGCCUCGUGGUUCUCUGUGGACAGCAGUUAGUUAGGUAAACGUCCGUUUGUAGCACCAGCCUCCUGUACCAUCUGCCCGUGUGGCUGCCUCCCAUCUGUUAGUUCCCCUGAAGUGCUGCCAUCCUUCGGUCAAUGCCCCGUGAGCCCUCGUCCCGGGCCAAUCACCCAUCGGGGGCAGGAUGUGGGGUCCAGAUGUACAUUUAUCAACGGCAAAUGGAGCAGUAUAACAGCAGCCAGGCCCUGUGCUGGUGACGGAUUGCCAGCCUUCAGUAUGUGUUGUCACCAGUAGAAAGAAGGCUCUAUUGAUGAAGAACUUUGCUAUGGCCACCCCUGAGGGCGGUGACCUGCACCCACUUGCUCCACUGGGAACCCUGGCACUUUCAAUGACUCACCUAACACUCGGCUGGGCAUGGCAGGUUCCCAUAGUGAGAUGAACAAGUUGUUUAUAGAGUGCUUCCUGCUCCUCGGCCAAUGGUAGCACAAGGCCCCAAACAGCCACUUGCAAAGGGAAGGCAUUCUAUGGUGUAAUGUCCCAUCUUAAUGUUGGCACUGUUUCACAGCAUAUAUAUCAGCCCAGAGGAGAGUUCUGGACGCUAUUGCAUGUGAAGUUCACGAGCCCCGUUUGCUUACCCCCUUUAAGUGAAUGUUUCCAGUUAAAGUGUACAGUCACAGAUACAAUGGUAGAGAGAAAAUGUGUUGGAGUGACUCAGGUCAGGCAGUGUAGGUGGCAGGAAUGGACAGGGGAUGUUUUGGAUUGGGACCUUUCUUCAGACAUAGAAUGUGAGAGAAAGCUAGAAAAGAGUGAUGGGAUAGGACAAUGCCUGGCUAGUGAGAGGUGGAUACAGGGGGGGGGGGGGGGGGGUGAAAGGGGGAUGAUUGGAGGAGUAAGUGACAAUGGCUGAAGGAGAAAAGGAAGCAAAAGCAUGUCAGAUAGGAGAGAAGAGGAGGAGUGAAAUGUAUAGCUGGAGGGAGGGAUAAGGAAGAAAGAGUCAAGGUGGAGAAAGAAUGGAAAUAGGGGACUCUGGAAUGGGAGAUGAGCGAACAGAGGAGCAGAGUGACUUGGGGGCAGGGGUGUGCACUGCAAGAAUUGCCCAUCUAAAUCUGGCUUGUGUGGAAAGCUGCAACACCAGGGAGAAUUAAUGUUGGGCUCUCAGACAGCUGGAGACAUCCAUGUGAAUGCGAAUGAGAUGAUUUCAUCAGCUUGAGUCUGGAGUAUCACAGCCCAGAGGGAGCAGGAUUGGUCUGAAUGUACCCAUUGAUAGCACUGACUCCAGUGUAACCAGUGGAUAAUGUAAAGGGCUCUGGUAUUUUGACCUUUUUGAGGUCAUUAAAGUCAGAAGAUUCCUGGUUCCAGCUGAUUUUGCUGAUUGGGAUGAGUGGUGAGUUUUGCAGGGCACAGAAGCUUUGAUGAUUGUACCUCAUUUCCUUUGCGUCAGGCAUAGAAUGGGAGAGGAUAAUUAAAUCAAGGGCCUUGAGUACCAGAAAUGAUUAUGUCCAGUUUGAUCAUGUAAUCCUGCAGUUAUUUUACCAGAUUCUUCAGAAUCAAUUGUAGUUGGUGUAUUAAUAGCAACAAAGAACUUCAGAAGCUCAAAUGGUCAAAAUACUUUGCUGUGUGGAUUUACAUUGUUCCUCAAGGUUAGAUUUAAUGAAAAAUGGACUGAAUGUCAGUGAAACGAUUAUCUUGUGCUUUUUUUAAUGUCCACUUUUAUAAAUGAACACUUUACCCCAUAAUGUAAAGAGGAAUUUUCUAACGUGCAAGUGAAAUAUUAAAUAACGUUGUAAUGUGAAAUUGUUUUCCCAUUAAUCUGAGCCAGAACAGGUGUUUCUCAGAUGUUAUUGUAUGAAGAGAUUUGUUGAAUCGGUUUCUCCUUUUUCUAAAGUCUCCUGUGUAGGGAUAAGUUGUCAGCUGAGCUAGUCCCUGAAAUGACAAAAGCAGGUUUAAGGAACAGAUUUUUUUGAGACUCUAAGACUUGAGGGAAUACCUGAGAUUUAUGUCCCAACCACAGUUAGAGGCCAAAUAAAUGCCCACUCCCACAAAACAGACCAGACUCAUGGUCCCAGAUACACAAGAGUCACUUUGAAACUGUGGGACCCCAGAUUAAAAAACUUAAUUAAACCUUCACUCUACCAAACUCUUUCGACUUUAACGCAGAGGACACAGCCCAACAAUACUCUUGUUCAAACUCCGUUCACAGAAAUUGAAAGAUGACUUCUCCUGGACACUGGCUUCCUUUCUGUCACUACGGUUUAAAUAUCCACCCAUGACUCUGAUCCACUACAACUCCUGUUGAUCCCAUGUGAUAGCAGUUGUAUGUCUUGCUGCAGGUUCUCUGCCCACACGCCCAACAAGGACAUAGGAUGAAAACUAGGGUGGGGAUUGGGCAGGGGACCACGCGUUUCAGGGUAGAGACAGGCAGGGUCCGGCGUGGUCAAGUUAAGGAGCGCUCUUGUGUCUAUCACCAUUUGCUGAGGGUACAGAGGCAGGUAGAAGUACGUGCAGUGUCAGGCUCUCUCGACUUCCUUUAAAACAAGAUUUCCUCCGAGCCAGAAGGCAGAAAGUAGGCUCUUUGGCCCGACUCAUCCAAGGUGCCCCAUCUAAGCUAGUUCCGUUUGCCCAUGUUGGCCCAUAUUUCUCUAAACGUUUCCUAUUCAUGUACCUGCCACACUAUUUUUAUACGUAUCCAACUACUUCCUCUGGCAGCUCAUUCCAUGUACCCACCACCCUCUUUGCGUAGCCUAUGUGCCAGUCUAACUUGAGAGCUGCUUUCUGACUCUGGACUACUCCAGGUUUCCCUCUCCCUCAGGGCCACUGUUCAUGACAGCACAACACAAAACUAAUCACUGCAUUAAACAAUUGUUACACGGUCAGAAUUUUGUUUCCUGUCUAAAAGUCAGAAUCUUCCUUUAUGCAAAGUGGGUUUUAAACCUUGUGUAAAAAUCUGAAUAUUUUUGUGUAAGUAAAUAAGAAUUACGUUUUAAUGUAUGCUUUUGAAUGGCAAAUACACUACUCAGGAUACCGUACAUGGAAAAUUUAAACCUAUUUUAUAUACUGCUGGUCAAGGUGAGUGAUGCAGUGAUUGGUUGUAAGAAUGGAGAUUAAAUACUAAUUUUCACAAGUGCA